CUAGCCGGCAAUCCUCCUCCAGGCAGCCAGAGGCAGGGAGCAGAGCUCCGAGAGGAAGUCGCCUGGGGAAGGGGAAGGGGGUCUCGAGCCUCCGGUCUUGCUCGUCCCCUCCCCGAACUGCGGGAAGCGGCCGGGAGAAGGCAGCUGGAGCUGAAUGGUUGUAAUCUGAAAGAUCUUUAAUGUUGUCUCCGAAAGAUACAUUCCAGUAGUGAAUAUUUGGGAACACUAAAGGAGGAAACAGAAUCUGAAAGGAUCUCUCCAUGGAAUUUAUCCAUCUCUGUGUCCAUCAAUGGAAAGAAAAUGAUGUCUUUUAAUUUUUUGUGUCUUUCAUCACCCUUCAAUGUCAUCUCUUCCACCUCAUUGCACACAAUGGGAAAAACUUGAGCAACAUUUCAAACUGUAGUUUUGUCAGAAGAGUGUUCCAUGACUGUGGUGAACUUUAACCAAACAUGCCAACUGAAGAUUUUUCUCUUAUCCUUCUAUUGGCAUAUUGGGCCUAACCAAAGAAUGUGCUUGUGCAUUCUCUAACUGUCUGGCUUCAGCUGCUUUUUAUUUGUGGUUUUUUUUUUUUUUUUUUUUUUUUUUUUUUUUAGCUUUCCAACAAAUCCAUGUAAUUACAAAUUGUACUUAAAGUUUUACAACCCAAUUUGCAUGUGUUAAAAAUAAUUUUGAUGGCUGGUCCAUGGCUCAUUGAUGCAGCAAUAAAAAAGGCAAUAAUAUGAGGCACUGUGUUAAUUGCUGCAUACAGUUGUUACCUGAUGACUUGCACCCACAGUGUUUUAGCUGCCGAGGACCCUAUCACAGUCACCACAAGUGUCCCAUCUGCAAAGGAGAAAAUAUUCUGUUUCCAGUGGAUAGCAAGCAGAUGAACUUGCUUGCAGUUUUAGAAGUAAGGACAGAAAACAAUGAAAACUGGACUGGACUUUUUCGCUUCAAAAAGGGGAAGCGAUGGAGCCUUGUUUGUGGAUUGAUAAUAAUGACUUUAGUGAUGGCAUCGUAUAUUCUGACUGGGGUGAAUCAUGAACUCCUGCUUAUACCAUCAUCAUUGCGUUAUAGGAGCUUUUCCAAUAAUCCAGCUUUAGCGGAUGAUGAAUACCUGAGGAAUUUAAAAGAUUUUCAUCAACCCUUUUUAAUGAAUAUUUCAUAUGAAAAAUAUUAUCCAAACAUUAAAUUAAUUAUUAACACAAUUACGUCAAAGGUUGAAUUUACUACAAGGCAGCUCCCAGAUCUAGAAGACCUUGAGAAACAGGAACUGCAUAUGUUCUCAGUAAUCCCUAACAAAUUUCUUCCAACUAGUAAAAAUCCUUGUUGGUAUGAGGAAUACACAGGGAAAAAUACUACGGAUCCCUAUGUGACCAACCUCUAUGCAUUGUAUUCAAAGCAUUUUCGGUCAGCCUUUGAUUACCUCAGGAAAGAGUUUUGGAACCACUUGUACCAUUUCAAAGAGAAGCACUACCGCCUUCGUUGCCUCCCUCAUUUCUACAUCAUUGGGCAACCAAAGUGUGGGACAACUGAUCUCUAUGAUCGUCUCAGAUUGCACCCAGAUGUGAAAUUCUCUGCCAUUAAAGAGCCCCACUGGUGGACAAGGAAGCGAUUUGGAAUAGUGCGACUGAGAGAUGGGUUUCGUGACCGCUCCCCAGUGGAAGAUUACCUGGAUUUGUUUGACUUGGCAGCCCAUGAAAUUCAUAAGGGACUUCAAAGUGAUUCAGGGACAGAACACAGCAAGAUGAAUAAUAUUGUUAUUGGAGAGGCCAGUGCUUCAACCAUGUGGGACAAUAAUGCUUGGACUUACUUCUAUGACAAUAGUACCGAUGGAGAGCCUCCAUUUCUGAUCCAGGACUUCAUCCAUGCCUUUGAACCAAAUGCAAAACUCAUUGUCAUGCUGAGGGAUCCUGUGGAAAGGUUAUAUUCAGAUUAUCUCUACUUUGCAAGUUCCAAUAAAUCUGCUGAAGAUUUCCAUGAAAAAGUGGCAGAAUCUCUGCAGCUGUUUGAAAAUUGCAUGUUGGAUUAUUCAUUGCGAGCCUGUGUCUACAAUAACACCCUGAAUAAUGCGAUGCCUGUAAGGCUGCAGAUUGGCCUGUAUGUUGUUUAUCUCUUAGACUGGCUCACUGUUUUUGACAAAGAACAGAUCCUCAUUCUUCGUCUUGAAGAUCAUGCCUCCAACGUCAAGUAUACCAUGAACAAAGUUUUCCAGUUUCUGAAUUUAGGUCCCUUAAAUAAAAAACAGGAAGCCCUGAUUACCAGGAGUCCUGCAUCAAAUACAAGACGUCCAGAGGACCGGAACCUGGGACCCAUGUUUCUACUUACAAAAAAGAUUCUUCAAGAUUUUUAUGAGCCUUUCAAUACUAAAUUGGCUCAAGUGCUUUCUGAUGAAGCUUUUUCUUGGAAACAGACAUAAGGAGUGAAUUCAGGAUUAUGACAUUGUGCUAGAAGAUUUUAUUACUUUUCAUCAAAAGAUAUUUAUUUGGGGACGAUGAUUUUUAUCCUAAGCAUAAAGGCCUUUAUCCCAGGAUUUUCAUUCUUCUCUUAGUGUAGCAAAUCAUAUUUCAUUAUAAAUAUUUCAGACUUUGGGGUAUCAAAUAAUCUUAUUGACUCCUUGCAAUGUACCCUUUCAUUAUUAACAAUUAGGGACUGAUAUGAUGGAAUUCUAUUUUUUCUACCCUCACAAUUUUAUAUGUAUUUAUUAGGCUUCUGCCAUUUGUCCAACACUGUGCCAGGCAUCUGAAAGAUGAUGGAAUCUUUGUCUUCAAGGGGCUUAAAAAUCUGUUUUGUUAAAAUUCUGAAGUUGAAUUAGAGCAUGCUGGAGAUUAUCUCAAUGGCUUUACAAAAAUUAUAUUUUCAUUGUUAAUUCCAAAGCAUGUCUGUUUCAAUUAUUUAAAGUCAUUUAUUUCGGGGGGGGGGGGGCGUUCUUUCAGUUUUUGUCUUCACUCAACCCAAACCAUGCAAUUUUACUCUUGGCUAAUUAAGGAUUUUAUACAGCUGGUAGCAGAAUGCUGGGCCUGGAGUCAGGAAUUCCUGCAUUCAAAUGUGGCCUCAGACACUUAUUUGCUGCAUUACCAUGGUCAAGUCAGUGAACUGCUAUAUGCCUCACUUUCCUCAACUGUAGAAUGGGGAUAAUAAUGGCACCUACCUCCCGAGGUUGUUGUGAGAAUUAUAUGAGAUAAUAUUUGUAAAAGCGUUUAGUACACUAAACUAAAGCCUGGCACACACAAGGCACUAUAUAAAUGCUUAAUCCCUUUCCUUUCUUCCCUUAAUUGAAUUUAUAUUACUUUAUAUGUAAAAAAUAAAUGAACAGAAAUUAUACUCAAUUUAGGAUCAGAACAUCUGGAUUCAAAUUCUGGCUUUAUUACUCACAAAAAUUUCUUCAUAUUUUAAAUGAGGGAGAGUUAGACUAGAUGAUCCCUGAGAUCCUUUCCAGCUAAAUUAGGUUAAAUGAUUUCUGUUAUCCCUUCCAAUUCUGCCAUAUAUAAUGAACAAUUGCAGUUUUCUCUUCUGUGGGACAGAUUUUCACUUCCUACGUUAUGAUUGUUGAUUUUUGCUUUACUGAAUACAUAAAAUGGACAAUAUGUUUAAAUGACCAUCAUAUUUCAAUGAGCUUCAUGCCUGAUUUCUCUUUUAUAACUGAAUUCCAUUUGAUUUCAAUUUAUUAUCCAAGAAGAUUUUUUAAAAAUAUUGAUGCAAGGGUAAGUGACUUCAGAGAAUUAAUAGAUGUAAAUGAAAAAGCUAGAUUAUAUUUUGAGACUUUGGUAUGUGACAGUUGGAAAACAGGAUUUUUUUAGUUCCAGUUGGCUGCAGUUCUUUUUUUUUCAUUCCUCUUAGACUGAUGUCGUUUCUACUUUAUCAACUGCAAUAUUGCCAAAUGUACUCACAAAGUUCAUGAACUAUGAUGUGUUCUACCCCAUCUCACAAAUAAGAUGCAUGGGUAACUAUUAGGUAUGCUUGUAUGUGAAGCAUGGAUGGUAUGAGUAUUGUAUUUAGAGGACUUUUCUAGGGAAAAGUGGAAAUUUGGUUUAGACAUGGACCUGCAGACACAGUAAUUGUUUGGAAGCCAUCAGAGUAACAGAAUGGAGAGCUUGGAGUCAAUAGUUAGGCAGAGCCAAAUUCCAGCAGUGUUCAGGAUUUGCACUGAAGACCAGUUGAAGGUUUCCAUGAACCAAAGCUCUUAAAUUAUGGUUAUAUAUGAAUGCCAAAGUCAGGAAGGGCAGGUUUCUAAACUAAAUCUUAGUUUGCAUGUAUGUAUGCAGUGAAAGUAGGGCCUUUAUAUGAUUACUUAUUAUUCUUCAGCUAGUGAAAUGUAAUAUGAUUUUUUUUUCCUGCCAAAUAGAUAGAAAGAUACACAGUACAGUGCAUAAAACUUGAGUGCUGGGCCCAACAUACACAUUUAUCUAUCUCUAUAGUUCUAUAUACGUAUAUCUACCCACAGAUAUACAUAGAUAUAAAUACAUAAAGGUAAUUAUAUCCACAUAGCCAAGAUCACUUUUGUCAUGGAAUAAACUGUGGCUUUUUACACUGGCUUAGAAAGAAUUAACACUAUCUUCUCAGAACCCUUGACUAGGAGAAAAGUCUGGUCAAAACACAAAGAUGCUGAAGGCUGAUAACACGUUAAGGUGUGUAUUUUAUUUGUGUUAUCGUGUGUAUGUGUGUAUAUAUGUGUACAUAUGCAUAUAUAUAAAUGUAUAUGCUUUUUUAAAAGUGGAUACCUUUCAGUACUGCUGCUGAUACAACAUCAAUACUCUAUACACAUCCCUUUUAUAGAUUUCUUUCUCUGCCAAUAAAUUUGUGUAGUUUUAAGUAAUAUUUUGCUAUUCCACAUGAACUGUAGUUAAUAACAAGGGUUUUUCUGACGCACACCUAUGCAUGUGACAAACAUGUAUUAUUGUAAUUCUGCUUCUUACAGAAGUAUUAUUAAAUUGUAUUGUUUUCAAUAUUA